AAAAACGAGUCUAACAAAAUAAUGCAGCAACCUUUCACAGAACAGGCCCCCAAACUGUAGCAAACAGCAUAUAAAACACUGGAGGGAAAAUCAGUUAGUCUCCGCUCUCCUCCGGUGCAGUCCAAAUUCCCAAAGUCUCCGGAAGGAAGAGAUAGAGGGAGGACAUGGGUAAUCCCUCUUUCUCCCUCAGAUUCGCCGUAUUUCUCUCGUUCUCUGUCGCAGCUUCGUCUUCCUCUCAGUUCUAUUUCUUCCAAAAAUCACGCUCACCAUUCCCUUCUUCACCUCCAAUCCCUAAAGCCACACCCUCCGAUUUGCUCUCCGUCUUAGGCCCCGCCAAUCAAUCCUCCAAAAUCAAUCCUGUCGUAUCGCAAGAACUCAUAUCCUGCUUCAAAUUCCUUGUUCCCUUCAUUCCUCCAAACACCAAACCUCAGAAUCAACACUCUUACGCUUGCGCUAAUCGAAAACUCGCAUCAGAACAUAUCAUCCAUGUUAGAAACCAGAGAGAAGAGAAUGAGCUUAUUUGGUGGCCGCCUGAACCAGUUCUGGAGCUGGCUCGCCUUGCCGUUGACUCUGGCAGCGAUCCUGACGCAAUCCAUCGAGUUCUGGAUCCUACGGUCUUACCUAUUCCUGACGUUGAAGGAUCAAAAGAAAAUCGAUGUGAGCUCACUAGAACGCCAUAUGGGAGGCGUUUCAUAAGUCAGGAGUUGAAUUCUUAUCUCAAAUUUUUAUUUGAAGUGAUUGCUGCUCGAGGUCCCUCGAUUGGGCUGGAUGUUUCAUUGAAUCGCUAUGAUUUCUUUCAUGGUCACCUCUUCCUUGCUACAAAAACAGGAAGGCUUGGUAUAUUGUUUCAUGCUAAAGAAUACCCAGCUUAUGAUAAAGAAGUAUUUCCAUACAAUAUGGGAUAUUGUCAAAAAGGUUCUACUGUAACUUAUGAUGAUUCAAUGAAUUUUCGGAACAUUCUCUGGCUUGCACCUUUUCCAAGCAAGUCCUCUAAAGCUUGGGAGGCACCGGGAGUCCUUGUUGUGCUGGAUGCCCGUCCAGGAGGAAUCAUAUACCGAGAUCUCAUUCCUGAAUAUGUAAAUUUUGCAAGGACCAUAUAUGAAGAUGAUUUUGGAGAUGUUGUUGUUGAUGUCAAUUACUUGAAUGUUGGAGGGACAGUUCCCAGUUAUGAGAUCUUCAUAUGCUGAAUCCUUCAGGUGGUAUAUUUUGUAUGGUCGAAAUACAAGUUUUAAUCCCUGGGACAUUCUCUUGGAGACAUUAUUUAUCUUUUCCAAAAGUUGCAUUACCAGUUCGACUUUGCAUCCGUGCCUAAUUGCAAUCCCCAAGACUAUGAAUACAUGAUAACUAGGUGUUUUCCGCCGGUGAUAAUUAUAUGAUGACCACAGGGUGGGCAAUUGAUAGAAGAACCAAGGAAAAAAAAAUCAGGGUCUGCAUGAAAGAGAUGCAGAAAAUGAUAUUGCAUUUCAAGUGAACAAAAAGCAGCACUGUUGGAAAGCACAGCUGCGUCAAAUUUGUCAAGGAUGCAUUUUAUGCUGAUUACUGAGAUGUGAUUUUAUGUGAUGGAUAUAAAACGGGGGACAAGAAAGCCAUGGUUGACAUGAGCUUAUUAGAAUCUUAGCGCCAUUGGAUUAGCAGGCAUGGAUUAAAGGGUGAUUUACCCUGAGAUCCCCAGGGUUAGCUAUAAUUCAUUAUUUAGUUGGUUUCUGAAUUUUGACAAUUAUAUUAAAAGGUCCUUAUAAUUUAAUUCCAUCGACAUCCAUUAAUUUUCUUA